AAUCAAUGGAUGAAUGUAUUGUAAGUAUUGUUUCCACACAUUGUUUGACAAUCAAGUUGUGUCUCAUUUGAACAUUUGGUUGACCACUAAUUACCACUUGAAGAGACACUUACUGUCACCGCAAUGAAUGUCAACACAGACGCCGAAGAAUGCAAUGCAAACAAAGCUCAAGAGGCAAAUAGUGAUGAGUUGAUUAUGGCUCAGGAAAAGGCCAUCGAGUCUGAGAUCGCAGAGAAUUGUUGUUUAGUUGGACCAAGACUUGAAUUAACCCGACUUAGUGACGAAUACUCAUCUGAAGACCUCAUUUAUCAGCAAAAGAUUGCUGAUUUACAAGAAAACUAUUUAUUUAUCCGAAAGACAAGACCCGACGGGAAUUGCUUUUUUCGCGCCUUUACUUUCAAGUACUUUGAAUAUCUUCUAAAUGAUAAACAAGAGUUGAAUAGGUUUUGGCCAAUUGCUGAACAAAGUAAGGAACAAAUUGUCAAACAAGGAUAUACUGAAUAUACAAUUGAAGACUUUUAUGAUAUGUUUAUGGAUAUUUUGAAGAGAAUAUCGGAAGGGAUGACUCUCGAGGAAUUAAUCCAAUUAUUUAACGAGCAGUCAUCAGAUUUUAUAGUUUGUUAUAUACGACUCAUAACAUCAGUUCAUCUCCAGAGAGAAUCGGAUUUCUUCUCUAAUUUUAUUGAAGGCCACAGAACUGUUGUUGAGUUUUGUAAGCAAGAAGUGGAGCCAAUGUAUAAAGAGAGUGAUCACAUCCACAUCAUUGCUUUGACCACUGUCUUCAAAGUUGGCGUUAGGAUUGUUUAUAUGGAUAGAGGAGCUGAAGGAAAGAUCAAUACACACGACUUUGGCAUCGAUGACAACUCAAGUCAAACACCGAAAGUGUUUUUACUUUAUAGACCAGGUCAUUACGACAUACUUUAUCCAAAAGAUUGAGUAUAACAUGCAUUAUAUUAAAGAGAUAAAUGAGAUAAAUG